UAAAGUUGAAAGUAUUGUUGGGGACACCAUCAUCAGCUGGGGUCGUUGUGCGCGCGCGGUCCCUCAUUUGUAUUACUCAUAUUUACACCACACACUUACCUACCUUUUUAUCACCAAUCACGUAUAGUGCCAGCGUGUCUACACCAUCGUCCGAUUUUGUUAGUGUUAAAUAUCAACAGCCGCAGGUGUGCAGGGAAGAUUGGCGACCGGGAAAAGGAAGCCUCAGAUGCUUUGUUGCUGUACGACUCCCGCUCGCCAUGAUGAGCAUACAGGAAAAGCUGCGCCAGCUCGACGCCUAUCCCAAGACCUUAGAGGACUUCCGGGUCAAGACAUACGGGGGUGCCAUUGUGACUAUUUUGAGCUCGAUUAUUAUGGUCCUACUUUUUAUUUCGGAAGUUAGUGACUACUUGACUCCUGAUUUGAAAGAAGAAUUGUUUGUUGAUACAUCCAGAGGUUCUACAUUAAAAAUCAAUCUGGACAUUGUAAUUCCAUCUGUAGCAUGUGAUUUACUGUCAUUAGAUGCCAUGGACACAACUGGAGAACAGCACUUACACAUAGAACAUAAUAUUUAUAAGAGAAGGUUGGAUCCUACUGGCAAACCCAUAGAAGAACCAAAAAAAACAGGCAUUGCUGAUACCAAAAGAACAACUGAAAAGCCUGUAGAUAAUACAACAGCACUACAGUGUGGGGACUGUUAUGGAGCAGCAAAUGAAGCAUUAGGUAUAAAGUGUUGUAAUUCGUGUGAUGAUGUUAAAGAGGCUUAUAGAAAAAGAAAGUGGGCAAUCGAAGAUCCUUCCCGAUUUGUACAGUGCAAAAACGAUAAGUCAGUGGAAAAAAUAAAGAAUGCCUUUACAGAGGGGUGUCAAAUAUAUGGAUAUAUGGAAGUUAAUAGGGUUGGAGGAAGUUUUCAUAUAGCACCGGGCGAAAGCUUUUCUAUAAAUCACUUGCAUGUGCACGAUGUACAACCAUUUUCAUCUUCUCAGUUCAACUUAACACACAAAAUUAGGCAUUUGAGUUUUGGAACAAACAUACUUGGAAUAACAAAUCCCAUUGACAAUUCUUCAUUUUAUGCUUUAGAAGGCGCGAUGAUGAUCCACUACUACAUCAAGAUAGUUCCUACAACGUACGUGAGAUUGGAUGGAUCUAUACUUCAAACUAAUCAGUUCUCAAUUACGAAACAUUCUCGAAGUGUUUCCCUGUUUUCCGGAGACGAGGGUAUGCCAGGGAUCUUUUUCAGCUACGAGCUUAGCCCGCUAAUGGUGAAAUACACACAAACCAUAAAAUCAAUUGGACACUUACUGACCAACACUUGUGCUAUUAUUGGUGGUACCUUUACUGUAGCCAGUAUUUUCGAUGCUUUUCUGUAUCACUCUAUUAGGGCGAUACAAAAGAAAAUCGAAUUAGGAAAGUUUAGUUAAGGUAAACUACUAGUCAAAACAAAAAUACGCUCAAAGAAUUGCGAUGUUUUGAGCAGUCACUUUUUUUUUUUU